AUGUCUCAGGGGAGUGAGGCCGCGAGGAGCAAGAGGAAGACUGCGGAUGGAAGUACAGACAGACUCAGUGGUCUCCCAGAAGGUCUGCUGCUGGACCUUCUGUCCUUCCUUCCAUCGAGGGACGCAGUGCGGACGUGUGUGCUUGCCCGCCGCUGGCGCAACCUGUGGAAGGAGGUGCCUGCUCUCCGCAUCACCCCUGCCACCACGUCGGGGUACUGUGGCGCGAGUGCCCUGAACAGGUUCGUCAACGACCUGCUGUUCUUCCGCAACCGGUUACCUCUCCAUGUGGCCGAAUUCAGCUCCUAUGGAGGUGACAAUUUUGAUGAGGCUGUCCAGUAUUUGGAGCUUUGGAUUCGCUACACUUUAUCAUGCCCAGUUGCCAAACUCUCUGUCACCAGCCACGAUAAAUAUCAACGCUGGCUGCUUCCCAAGGGACUUAUCACCUCGGAGCACCUGACAGCACUUCAGCUUACCCGGGUCAAGACACAGGACGAUCUGGAUUUCUCAAGUUGUGUGUCUCUAAAGCAUCUGAAGAUGACUGAUUGUGGCAUUUACUGUGAUAGAAUCAUGUCCCCGUCACUAAAGCGUCUCAUGAUCGCACAAUGUCACUUCAUUGGUUAUGAGAUUGGUGAUUGCGGGGACGAGUCAUGUUGGGGAUGCCAGUUCUAUGAGGACAACUAUGGAAACAAUAAUUGCAUUCUUCUUCAUGGUUUGUCAAGCUGUACAAAUCUGGAGUUAACAGCUGCAACAGCGCCGUUCAUUUUCAGGAAGGAUUUGACGCGAUGCCCUGUAUUUAGCAAGUUAAAAACUUUGUUACUCAAUGAGUGGUGCAUUACUAAUAACCUUGGUGCAUUAAUAUGCUUUCUCCAGCACUCACCAGUUCUAGAGAAGCUCAUUAUUCAGUUUGAGCCUCCCGAGAUACAUGAGAGAUUAGUGGAAAUAGGAGGAAGUUAUGACCUAAGGAAGCAAUCCCUUGUAUUGAAGGACCUUAAUGUUGAAGUUAGAUGUGAUGAUGGUGAUGAGUGGGUUCACAAAGUCUUGGAUGUUUUGGGUUCCUAUGGUUUAUCCCCUGAGAAAUUCAAGAUCCAACGACCUGCAAAACUGACUAGGGCCCGAUUUGAUGACACUUGGACUUCUGGAAGAAAUGAAGUUGUAUUAUGCCCAUUCCAUGCUGUCAAAGUUAGAUGGUUUCACCUGAGACUAUCUCAGGCUGCUUGCAUAACUUUCACUUUAAUGGCUCUUCAUAAGUUGGGAUGGGUUGGUAUAAAAGAGUUCCAGAGUGCAGCAUCAGAGUUCCGGAGUGAGUUUCAAAUAUCAGAUCAACUCCAGAUGAGCACCACCCUUCUCCUCUUUGGCCAGCUCUUCAGUGGCAGUGAUUCUUAG